GCUUUACGGUAACAUUUGCUGUUUUAAGUUUGUAGCGGGACAUUGCGAGGCUGACAUAGCCACUAUUCAUUGUUGGUAACUGUAACGUUUGCCCGAAACUUAACAUUUCGUCAUGGACGUAGGCGAGCUACUGAAUUAUCAGCCUGACAGGGGGGCAAAGCGUCUACGGGAUGAUGAUGAUGGUGAUGACCCCAGAAGCAAGAAGGUUGGCAGAGACCUGGCCAGACGCCUGGAGAGAGAUGACGGUGAGGACCCGAGUAGUGACAGGAAGAGGAUACUGGAGAAACUCAUGGAUGAUGAUGAGGACACAGACGACCAAGAGGGUGAACCAGUGGAUGAGAGUUCGGUGAAGAAAAUGAUCCUGACCUUUGAAAAAAGGUCUUACAAAAACCAAGAGCUGAGGAUAAAGUUCCCAGACACCCCGGGGAGGUUCAUGGAAACAGAGCUGGAUCUGAAUGACAUCAUCCAGGAGAUGCAUGUCAUCGCCACCAUGCCUGAUCUCUACCACCUCUUGGUGGAGCUCAAUGCUGUCCAUUCCCUGCUGGGCUUACUCAGCCACGAGAACACAGAUAUUGCCAUUGCAGUGGUUGAUUUGUUACAAGAGCUGACGGACAUCGACACACUUCAUGAAAGUGAGGAGGGCGCGGAAGUACUCAUAGACUCUUUGCUGGAGGGACAGGUUGUGGCCCUUCUGGUGCAGAACAUGGAGAGGCUGGAUGAGCAGGUGAAGGAGGAGGCAGAUGGAGUCUACAACACAUUAGCCAUCAUUGAGAACAUGGCAGAGUUCAGGCCUGGCCUGUGCACAGAAGCAGCUCAGCAAGGCCUCAUGCAGUGGUUGCUAAAGAGAAUAAAGGCAAAGAUUCCAUUCGAUGCUAACAAGCUGUACUGCAGUGAAAUCUUGGCUAUCUUGCUUCAAAACAAUGACAGCACCAGGGAGCUCUUGGGGGAGCUGGAUGGGAUUGACGUUUUACUGCAGCAGCUCUCUGUGUUCAAGCGCCACAACCCAGCCACGGCAGAGGAGCAGGAGAUGAUGGAGAACCUGUUUGAUGCCCUGUGCUCCUGUCUGAUGCUGGCUGCCAACCGGGACCGCUUCCUCAGGGGAGAGGGUCUGCAGCUUAUGAACCUCAUGCUUAGGGAAAAGAAAAUGUCUCGGACCAGCGCUCUGAAGGUCUUAGACCACGGCAUGAUUGGCCCAGAGGGUUCUGAUGACUGCCACAAGUUUGUGGACAUCCUGGGCCUGAGGACCAUCUUCCCCCUGUUCAUGAAGACCCCUAAAAAGAUGAGGAAAGCUGGGACCGUAGACAAAGAACAUGAAGAACACGUGUGUUCCAUCAUUGCUUCCUGCCUGCGGAACUUGAAAGCCCAGCAGAGGACGAGGCUCCUCAGCAAGUUCACAGAGAAUGACUGUGAGAAGGUUGAUAGACUGAUGGAGCUGCAUUUUAAGUACCUAGAAGCUGUUCAGCUGGCUGACAAGAGGAUUGAAGGAGAGAAACAUGACAUGGUUAAACGUGGUGAGAUUCUGGAUGAUGUGAUGGAGGAUGAGUUCUACCUACGGAGGCUGGAUGCUGGGCUGUUUGUCCUCCAGUUGCUCUGUUAUAUCAUGGUGGAGAUCAGCAACUCAGGGAUAUCCCAGCUGCAGCAGAGGGUGCAUCAGAUCCUGAACCUGAGGGGAGGCUCUGUCAAAGUGGUGCGGCACAUCAUGAGAGAGUAUGCUGAAAACAUCGGGGAUGGGAAGAGUGAGGAGUUCAAAGAGAGUGAGCAGAAGAGGAUUAUGGACCUGCUGGAGAACUUCUAACCCUAACCAAUCCCUGGGAGGAGUACCUAACCAGAACAGAGGGUCUCCACACACUCACAGACAGAAGAUACCAGUGUCCAGCAGGUGCAGAGAAGCUGUAUUGACUGCGCUCUCUGUGUGCUGGACUAUAGUGACUCAAAAUAUAAUAACAAAGAUGUGCAAUCUUAAACUGCAACUCUUUCAGACUCACAUGUUUGUGUUUGAUUUGUGUAUUUUGUAAUAAAAUCCCAUCCGGAUAAGAUUGUUUUUGUGAUUUUAAACCCCCAUUUACACCUCAUUUCCAUUCUUCUUUUGUGAUAGAAAUGCUUAAGGAAUAAAAUAAAUUGCUGUCACAUUGUUUUCUGUG